CAAUAACCUCAAUCUGGUGUGGCGGGUUCCACUGUGUUGACUAAUUUGUUGGUUAGUGGUGUCACUUAGGUAGGUGGCUUGUUUGUUCAAGAUAACGUUAUUGAUUUAUAUCAUUCCAGUUCAGUGACAAGCUUGCGCAUCGGUAAUUUCAUAGUUUUGCAUGUAUGAAGUCUGGCCAGGUGAAUGACGUCAAUUUGGAACCGAGUAUAUCCUACUCUAAAUAAAAAGUCCAGUCGUUAUUUAAUAGAAUGCAAAAAGCAUUUAAAAGAAGUACUAAGGUCUGGCGUACUUGGUGCGGAGGCGGCUUCUCUCGAUAUUAUUGAGCUAAUACCUGGAAAAAAAUAUACCGAAAUUGAUGUCAAUUGUACAUUACCAGUGUGCCACAAUUUCAUUACACAGAUAAACAAAGAAACGCAAUCACCUACAGCACUAGCUUUUCGUAUUCAACAGUAUGUGAACAGUGGAAAUAGUGAAUUCAGGUCACUUUUGCACAAAAGUUAUCCAAAGAUGAAAAUUCCUGUUUUUCAUUUUUUUGUUACUGAACAGAUUUAUACAGUAAGCGUUCCUUCAAGGGACACAGGAAACUCGGAAUCAUCUGAUGAUGUAUCCAAUAUUUCAACUUUUAUCAAACCAAAUAAUGUCUAUGGUUUAGAACGUGACAAACUUAUCAAUGCAGUUAACUCAAGGCUAAAAGCUACUCGGAAGAAGCCACAUCCUUCAGAAUCAAGGAAUUUAGUAUCUGAAGAUGACUGUGAAUCGAACGAAGAUAUUUCACGUGAAAUUAAUUGUCGUAGCCAAACGACCACUUUUGCAUGGGCUAAAUUUUGGAAGGAGAGACAAGAUUGGCGGUCAGUAGCUAAACGAGAAAGAAGACGCGCUUGCCAGAGUUUUGGCUUAGAUUUCCUAACACUGAAACACAAUGAGAAUGAUGAUAAUAAUAUAGAAAAAUAAUGUUUGAUAGAUCAAUUUGUAAAUACUUACCUGUAAAGUACUUAAUUUUAUUUCGAGUUAUGCAUAGUACCUGUCGAAUGUUGUAUCUCAAGGAUACUG